CUCCGCCCUCCUCCCCCCGCCCGCGGCUCAGCGCCGUUUGAGAGGAAACAAAGUGCUGCGGGCGGGAGACUCAGCGGCGGCGGCGGCGCGCGGAUUCUGCUCGGCCAUCUCGGCCACCCUUGCCCCGUAUUUCCCGAGCGUGUGUGUGCGCGUGUGUGAGUGUGUGCAUGUUUUCUUACACAGGAUAUUUUACGACUGAUUGAUUUUGUAGUCCUCCCCCUUUGCCCUUUGUGCUGUAACCCCUCUCCCGCCAUCCCAGGUGCUUCGUCCUUCCUCCUCACGCCGGUCUCUCCGCGAGCGUGGGUCGCCGGUUCGUGCCUUCUCUCCCGCUUCGGCCCCUGCCGCCCCUCUUGUUCCCGUGCUGCCCACGGCCUCCGCGCCCCGCUCUCCCCGCCGAUCGCCAUGGCGACAGCGACCCCCGUGCAGUCGCGCACGGGCAGCCGCGCGGGCGGCCCCACCACGCCGCUGAGCCCCACGCGGCUGUCGCGGCUGCAGGAGAAGGAGGAGCUGCGCGAGCUCAACGACCGGCUGGCCGUGUACAUCGACAAGGUGCGCAGCCUGGAGACAGAGAACAGCGCGCUGCAGCUGCAGGUGACCGAACGUGAGGAGGUGCGUGGCCGCGAGCUCACCGGCCUCAAGGCUCUCUACGAGACAGAGCUGGCCGACGCACGACGCGCGCUCGACGACACGGCCCGCGAACGCGCCAAGCUGCAGAUCGAGCUGGGCAAGUUCAAAGCCGAGCACGACCAGCUGCUCCUCAAUUAUGCUAAGAAAGAAUCUGAUCUUAACGGAGCCCAGAUCAAGCUUCGCGAAUAUGAAGCCGCUCUCAAUUCGAAAGAUGCAGCUCUGGCUACUGCACUUGGUGAUAAAAAAAGUUUAGAGAGUGAUUUGGAGGAUCUGAAGGAUCAGAUUGCCCAGUUGGAAGCCUCUUUAGCUGCUGCCAAAAAACAGUUAGCAGAUGAAACUUUACUUAAAGUGGAUUUGGAGAAUCGCUGUCAGAGUCUUACUGAGGACUUGGAGUUUCGUAAAAACAUGUAUGAGGAGGAGAUAAAUGAGACCAGAAGGAAGCAUGAAACUCGCUUGGUAGAAGUGGAUUCUGGGCGUCAGAUCGAGUAUGAGUACAAGCUGGCUCAAGCCCUUCAUGAGAUGAGAGAGCAACAUGAUGCCCAAGUCAAGCUGUACAAGGAAGAGCUGGAGCAGACGUACCAUGCCAAACUUGAGAAUGCCAGACUGUCAUCAGAGAUGAAUACUUCAACCGUCAACAGUGCCAGGGAAGAACUGAUGGAAAGUCGUAUGAGAAUCGAGAGCCUCUCGUCUCAGCUUUCUAAUCUACAGAAAGAGUCUAGGGCAUGUUUGGAGAGGAUUCAGGAGUUGGAGGACUUGCUUGCUAAAGAAAGAGACAACUCUCGCCGCAUGCUGUCUGACAAAGAGAGAGAGAUGGCGGAAAUACGGGAUCAGAUGCAGCAACAGCUCAAUGAUUAUGAACAACUUCUUGAUGUAAAGCUAGCUCUGGACAUGGAAAUCAGCGCUUACAGGAAACUCUUAGAAGGCGAAGAAGAGAGAUUGAAGCUCUCUCCAAGCCCUUCUUCCCGUGUGACAGUGUCUCGUGCAUCCUCGAGUCGCAGCGUACGUACAACCAGAGGAAAGCGGAAGAGAGUGGACGUGGAAGAAUCCGAGGCCAGCAGCAGUGUCAGUAUCUCUCAUUCCGCCUCAGCCACUGGGAAUGUCUGCAUUGAAGAGAUAGAUGUUGAUGGGAAAUUUAUCCGCUUGAAGAACACUUCAGAACAGGAUCAGCCAAUGGGAGGCUGGGAGAUGAUCAGAAAAAUUGGAGACACGUCAGUCAGUUACAAAUAUACCUCAAGAUAUGUGCUGAAGGCAGGCCAGACUGUUACAAUCUGGGCUGCCAAUGCCGGCGUCACAGCCAGUCCUCCCACCGACCUCAUCUGGAAGAACCAGAACUCCUGGGGCACUGGCGAAGACGUGAAGGUUAUAUUGAAAAAUUCUCAGGGAGAGGAGGUUGCUCAAAGAAGUACAGUCUUCAAAACCACCAUACCUGAAGAGGAGGAGGAGGAAGAAGAAGCAGCUGAAGUGGCUGUCGAGGAGGAACUUUUCCACCAGCAGGGAGCCCCCAGAGGUUCCAAUAGAAGCUGUGCGAUUAUGUAAACUUCUCAAGUCGACUGUCUUCCUCCAAAUAAAGAAGUAUGGUAAUCCUUACCUACAUGCAGUGCAGAGCCUUCUCAGAAGCACAGAAUAUUUUUAUAUUUCCUUUAUGUGAAUUUUUAAGCUGCGAAUCUGAUGGCCUUAAUUUCCUUUUUUGACACUGAAAGUUUUGUAAAAGAAAUCAUAUCCGUACACUUUGUUGCAAGAUGUGAACUGUCGACACUGAACUAACUGUACUGUUUGGAAAGGGUCCCUCAAAUUUUUGACCUGUUUUUUGUAUGUGUGCUUUUUUUUAAGUUCUUACGAGAAGGGGAGGGGAGGGUAAAUAAACCACUGUGUGUCUGGGUAUAAUUUGAGAUUGCUGCAUCUAGAUUAGCAAUCUGCUCUUGAUUAUUCUCUGCUAUAUAUAACGGUGCUGUGACGAGGAGAAAAGCAUUUUUCAAUAUAUCGAACUUUUGUACUGAAUUUUUUUGUAAAAACAAUCAAGGCUACAAAAAAUUUUUUUUAAAAUAGAAAAGAGAAAUUUUGUAAGAAGGCAAUAUUAAUCUAAUCAUCAUGUAAGCACUCUGGAUGAAGGAUUCCUCAAAACUUUGUUUUAUGGUUACUUCUCGUAGAUUCUUAAUUCACGAGGGGAACGGGAGGGGUGAGGGGGGAGGGAAGGGUUUCUCCUAAAAUGCAUUAGUUGUGUUUUUUAAAAUAGCGUAACUUGCUUAAAUUUCUUAUGUGACAUUAACAAAUAAAAAAAGCUGUUUUAAUAUUAA